CACUUUAACUUUGUAGCAGCGCGUCGAGAAAACUUCGGAGCAAUUUUUUUCAUUUUAUUAAAAAAAAAAUUAAUAUUGUAAAGUCAAGGAAAGCACAAACAGCAGAAUCAAAAAAAGUUGACAAACAUAAACAAUACAAAAUAACAGUGCCGCUAUAAUUAUUAAGUUAAUUAAAAGGACAAAAGAAUAUUCGAUUGAAUAUAUUGAAUACAUAGUGUAAAGUGAAAAAGAAAAAGGUGUACUACUGCUGGUCAGAAAUAAGAAAUUCUACUUCAGAAAUAAAUUUAACAAAAACUAAAUAAAAAAAAAAUAAAUAAAAAAAAUAGAAAAUUAAGGGAAAACAAAAAACUUAAAAGAUUAAAAAAUUGUGAAGUUAAUAUAUUUUUAGAGUAAACUAUUGAUAGGAUAAAGACCCCCUCGAUGUUGAGCUUCUUUGGAGGCAUCGUCGCCGCCUCUGCCGCUGCUAAAAUUAUUGUAACUGCCGCCAAGGAACGACAUGGAAAGCAUUUGUAGACUCUGCUUUCAACCAGCAGCGUUGUUUCAAGUACCCGGUUAUAAUAUACCUACCUGUGUUAAGUGCUCUGAACAUUUAACUGCAAACGGUUUUUAUCCCUCGGUUCGUGGAGACGGUACAACUGUUGCAACUACAGCUACAGCUGGUGCAACACAAUUGAGUAACGGCAAUAACUCUGUAACUCAACAGCAGCAACAAAUCCAAACUCAACAAAACCAACAACAGCAGCAACCACAACAGCAACUCCAAUCAACAAGUUCUUCCGAAAAUUUACAGGACGAUUCUAAGGAUCAGCAAAACCGCCGCCAAAAUCAACAAAACGGUUCGAAAAAAAACGUUACCAUGUCCUCCUUUGAAUUGGAGAAGACCAUACAACAUUUAGACGUUGAUUUAAUUUUCAACGAAGAGGGCUCCUGUCCUCUCUGCAACAAAACAUUUUCACGUAAAUCCUCGCUUUUGACACAUAUUCGGAAUCAUGCAGCCGAACGGAAAUAUGUUUGUACAUACUGUCAUAAAGGAUUUACUCAAGCUGCCAAUUUAAGAAAUCAUGAGCGCAUUCAUACAAAUGAUCGACCUUAUACUUGCGUCGAUUGUGGCAAAACUUUUACUCAGAUAACCAACCUUAAUAAUCAUCGUCGCUUGCAUACUGGAGAACGUCCUUUUGUAUGCAUUGAGCCAGAAUGUGGACGUUCGUUUGCACAGGUUACCAAUUUGAAUAACCAUAUGAAAACACAUCAUAAAGUUCAGCAAUAUUGUUGUAAUCAAUGUCCGAAAAAGUUCACGCAGGUUACCUCACUAAACCAACAUUUGCAGGCUCAUGCCGGAAUAACGGGUUAUUAUUGUCCGCGCUGCCCAGAGAAGACAUUCAAACAGCAGUCGCAAUUGCAUACACAUAUGAAAUCGCACGGAUUGGCUUUUCCAUUUGAAUGUUCAAAAUGCGACGAGAAAUUCCUGCAGCAGGCACAUUUGGAUCAACAUUUGAAAAUGCACGAUGAAUUUAAAUUCAAAUGUGAUAUUUGUCCAAGCUCUUUUAAUCAGGAGUCGUUGCUUAAGAAGCAUGUGCAACGACAUGUAGAGGGAAGGUGCUGGCCAUCUAAAUACUUAACAUGUCCUGUGGCUAAUUGUAAUGAAGCUUUUGCAGUGCGUCAACAUUUAUCAAAACAUUUAUUAACAAGUCAUUCGCACAAUGAGCUACCACCGCCAAAGCGUUCAAAGAAGUCAAUUACAUUACAACCACCUCAACAACCGGUAACAAUGAUUGGACAACCUCUAUCAAUACAACAUUCGACGGGUCAACGUGGUCGUCCGCCAAAAAAUAAGAACAAGACACAAAAUGCGACCACAUCAUCUGCAAUAAAAAUUGAAAUUAACGCACCUUUGCAUAAUCAACACGUGAUCAGUAACGCCAGUGGCCUAUCUAUACAACAACAAAUAAAUCAGCAUAUGCAGCAACAACAACAAUUGCAACAACAGCAUCAGCAACAACAACAUCAUUUAGGACUUGGUAAUCCAGUUAAAGUACGUUUCAUACCAACCAAGUAAGAGUAAACGUUAAUAAAUUAGUAUAUAUUAUAAUGAAUAUCCUCAGAGCAGGGUAAGUACAUAAACACACAAUUAAUAUUAAAAACAACAAAUAAAAUAAAAAGGAUAAAGUAAAUUAUAAAAAAAAAAUUUGAAAGUAAGAUAAACUGAGAGUGCAACCGCAAAAAAUUAUGAAAAAAAUGAAU